UGUCGUAAGAACGCUUAGUGCACCUUAAACGUGACUGAAGACUUGGAGUAUCAGUGUUACAGCGCAAAGUGAAAUACAGAACCAUGCCUUCCAGCACAAACGAGAAGAGCAGCAUGGAGGUGAAGGCUGCAGCUGCUGAACGGAGAAGGACCAACAAACCCAUUAUGGAGAAAAAGCGGCGUCAAAGGAUUAAUGAUUGUCUUAACCAGCUGAAAAAUCUCGUCCUCGAGGGGCUUAAGAAAGACCCGUCAAGAUACAACAAACUGGAGAAAGCAGACAUUCUGGAGAUGACCGUCCGUCACGUGCAGACGCUCCACCGCCAGGAGUCCUCCCUGCAGCGCCACUCCCCCGUCGACUCCGCCACCAAAUUCCGCGCAGGAUUCGCGCACUGUGCCGCUGAGGUCGGGAAGUUCCUGGAGAGGGACACCACGCUGACGACCUCCCAGCGCUCGAGAAUCCUGCUCCACCUGGCCGACUCCAUGGCCACCAUCCGAGGCAACGGCGCCCACGUACCCGAGGGGUCCUCGCCGCCCUCGAGCCCGCCCUCGUCCGAGCCCACUCACGCCCCAGCAGCAUCCCAAGAUCCUCUGGUGGUCAGAGGUGUUUCUCUCGUACCUGCUCACCUCCUCACAGGACAGAUGGCCUUCGUGUUGCCUCACGGCGUCACGGGGAUGCUGCCCGCCUCCGCCUCCUCAGAGAUGCACCACCAGGUCCCUCCUUCGCCGCCCCACAGUGCUGGGACCUGGCUCCCAUUCGCCAACCUGACGACGACUCCUGCUGGCGCCCUUGGUAGGUCCCUCAGAAGGCUCCUGUAGGACCCACUCGCCUUUCACCGAUCCGGAGGACCGUCAGCGCCUCCUACGAAGCGUCGAAUCUCGCCAUCUAUCACAGAAGGUAGGAGUCGGACCACGGCGCUUCGAACGCGGCAGGGUUGACUCCAGGGCUGGAGAGAGAGAAAAAAAAAUAUUAGCAAAAUAUAAGGAAGUUUCCAUCACAAAGCGUUAAGGAUUGUUUGAUGGAAAGAACCUCCCUCCUGGUUGCAACGCGGAAGAAAAUACAAGAAUGGCCGCCCGGAAGUGCCAUGAAGACUGUGAAACCCAUGGCAACUCAUGGCAACGUUCAGUACAAGUUCCUCCUCACAAACCAUAGUACAAAUCUGACCUGAGGACGACCACCAGCAUCCACCACAAAGAAUGUUUAUUGUUAUAAAUAUAUAUUAUAGUGUAAUGCACCAAGGGCAAUUAUACACAAAUGUCUGUGAUAUAUAUAGAUUUAGUUAUCCAGUGAUUUAUGAUAGUACAAAUUGUAAUAAAGUUUUCUUAUUUAAA